AUGGAUGAUAAUAGUUCGAUCCAGUUUCCGUCGCUCAGCGAUCCCAACCUGCCUUCAAGUGACCAAGACAAGCAGCUCUUGGAGCGACUCAAGGAUGCUUGGGAUCGGUAUUCUGACAAAUGGGACGACAAAAGCAAGAGAGAACUCGUUUCCCUUAUCAGAAGAGGAGAAACAAAAAUCACAAAGACAAACCAAGUUCAGCCAAGCGGUCAUCGGCUUUGGAAAGCUGACCACAUGACCUUUGCCGUUUGGAUUAUCUUCCGGAUUACCUACGACGACUACAAGCUCUCCAAGCCAAAGGAAUGGCUUCGUGCCAAAUACAAGAACAUAGACCCGCAGUCUUGGGCAAGCCCUGUGUCCAAAAAGCCAGUCAAGCCUCGAGGAACCAAGGGGGAAAAGGCGCGUUCCUCAGAGGAGAGCCUCGCGUCACAGGAACCCAAAUCUCCUCAGUCGAUUGAGGCUAUGGAUAUCUGUGACAACGAGAGCGAUUAUGACGAUACCCAUGGCGAUGGCACUUAUGAAGAUGACAACAAUGACGGAGAUGAUCAAGAUGAAACAAAUGGCAAGACGGUGACCCGAAGUAGGUUCAAGGCAGUAAACGUUCCUGAGCCAAGUCGAGAUCUAUCACGAAAGCGUGGCACUUCAAAUGCCUCUCUCAAUCCCCGCACAAAGUUGCAGAAGUUAGACUUCCCUAGAACUCCAUCAUCGGCUGAGGCAGCCCGUCUACUCGAGGCCUCCGAUCACCCAGCGGCACCCGUAGCCGAUAGCCAGGCUCGUUCUCGUACUCUAAAGUGGAAAAAUAAGCUCCACGAACAUAGGGAUUCUGGGCGUGGUCUGAAGCAGAAUCGACCUGCAUUCAACCGCACCUCUUCGGCCGGCGACCAGGCCUUCCGCUUACCUGUAACUCCUUCGCGCCAGUGGGCUAGAAGCCAGGAACGAAGCUCACGCCUAAGUGCUCCUGUUGUUUCUUACGAGAAGGUAAAUGAUCAGAGUGUUUCAGAUGAUCCUAGAGAUCGUCUGCUGUUUCGUGAGCAUUCAACUCAAAGCGACCAUGCGAGAGCCAAGUUCGGGUUGGUAGACCAGCGUUCUGGCGAGUCUGGCGCUUCAACACAACGUCUGCCGCGGUCAAUUGAGGGCAGAGGCAACAUUUCCACUAUGGCUCCCCAGGGUUCCUCUGACUCUUUCGUGUUCUCAUCGAGUUCUCGUGAAAAAGAACACUCGCGUACUGGAGAACGGCUACCUCUUCGUCUCACCACCCGUGAGUCUCUUGGAACUCCUGGCGACGUAUCCACACAACAGCCAUACGGUCUUCGACAACUCCCUCUUGACGACCCUGAUGAGCCAUCUUGGUUCCGUCAAUUUAGAACACAGUAUUAUUCUGACUUGAAGGAGACCCGCGAAGGGAUCGCAUACCACAUCAAAAGGCAGGUCACAGGUGUCGUUUUCCAGGCGGUUCAUGAUCUCAUCCAACCGCUGAGUAAUUCUAUCACUCAGUGUGUAGAUACUCUGGCGAAGCACAACGCCAAUACCGCAGGAGCAACAGGGCACAUCGGCCAGGCAGUUUCAGCAGUUAAGGAACUCAGAGACAUGAAGCAGAUCCUAAGCAACAUCGUGGAUACAAGUCGAGUACAGCUGGAAGCCUCCCAGAGGGAGGGAGCCGCGAUCCAGGGGCUGGUGCUGCCAGCCAUAACUGAAUAUCGGAAGGAUAUCGACGAUCUUGUGCAACGUACUACAUCAAUCGAAGAACGCACAUCAGAUGUCGAGGAGUAUCUGGAGCUUCAGCUCGCCUACAGGGGUGGCGAUUCAACCCGCAACGCUCCGCAGGUAUAUGAGAACAAUCACCAUGCCUUUGGAAAUCACGAGAGCACGGGAGGAGAAUAA